UUGAAUAUCAUAAAUCAAAAUCAUGGCAUUUAAAUUACAUAUUGGUGUCCUAGCGUUCCCUUUCGGAACACACGCGGCCCCGUUGCUCGCCUUGGUGCGGAGGUUGGCCGCCUCCGCGCCAGACGCACUAUUUUCUUUUUUCAACAGCGCGCCAUCGAAUGCCACGCUUUUCAACGGGACCACCGCGUAUGAAAAUAUACGGGUGCACGACGUGUGGGACGGCACGCCCCGCCGCGAGCCCUUCACGGGCUCGCACUUCGAGGCGGUCGGGCUGUUUCUCGGGGCCUCCCCGGAGAACUUCGAGACGGCGAUUCGAGAAGCGGAGCGGGAAAGCGGCCUCGAAAUCCGCUGCUUAUUAACCGAUGCGUUUCUUUGGUUUUCCGGCGACAUGGCUGAGAAAAGAGGGGUGCCGUGGGUGCCGUUCUGGACCGCUGCUUCGUGCUCGCUGUCGGCGCAUGUUUACACCGAUCAAAUCGUUAAAGCAAUUGAAUCAACAGAAAAUGCGAAACAGGAGAAAGCUCUGUCGUUCAUUCCAGGACUGGAAAUGGCGACCACGGCCGAUCUACCGCCGGAGAUUUUCCUCGGAAACAACGCGUCGCCGCUGGCGAUCACGAUCAACAAAAUGGUGGAGCAUCUCCCCAAAUCCACGGCCGUCGUACUGAAUUCGUUCGAGGAAAUCGAUCCGAUCAUCACAAAAGACCUAAAAUCGAAAUUCCCCAAUUUCCUCAACGUUGGCCCUUCGAUCCUCGCUUCUCCGGCUCCGCCCGCCGCCGCAAUUGCCGACGAAACAGGAUGCCUCUCGUGGCUGGGAGGCCAAAACCGCCCCAAUUCGGUCGUCUACAUCAGCUUCGGCACCGUGAUCACGCCGCCGGAGAACGAGCUCGCGGCGCUGUGCGAAGCCCUAGAAACAUGCCGAUUCCCAUUCCUGUGGUCGAUCAAGGACCACGCGGUGAAAUCCCUCCCGAACGGAUUCGUCGACCGGACGAAUUCGUUCGGGAAGAUGGUGGCGUGGGCCCCGCAGCCACAGAUCCUCGCGCACAAGAGCGUCGGCGCGUUCGUCACCCACUGCGGCUGGAACUCGAUUUUAGAGAGCAUCACGAGCUGCGUUCCGAUGAUCUGCAGGCCGUUUUUCGGAGAUCAGAAGCUGAACAGCAGAAUGGUGCAGGAUUCGUGGAGGAUCGGGGUUCGGGUUGAAGGAGGCGUCUUCACUAAGAGCGGAACGAUUGAGUGUUUGAAGGAGUUGAUGACGCCGGAGAAGGGGGCGAAGUUGCGGGAGAAUGUUAGUCUUCUGAGAAACAAGGCUGUGGCUGCCGUCGAUUCGCAAGGGAGUUCAUCGAAGAAUUUCGACAAACUGUUGGAGGUCAUCGGAGCCCGUUGAUCUCGAUUGCUUAGCCCGUUGCUGGAAAUAAUCAUCAUGUCUUGCCAUUUAUGUUAGAAAUGAGUAAUGUAUGCCUAAUGCUAAAGGUCUCGGAUUUGAGUCCUCCGUGACAUCUUAGAUAACGUACUACAUUCGUUUAUAAAAAAGACUAGUUUUAUUUUAUUUUUUUA